AUGGCUUCACUGUACCAGCGAUUCGGUGGGAAGAUCAACACCUCCCGAUCUUUCCCCGCGCCACCCGAGGCGAGUCACCUUCUGGGGGCUCAGUGCACCGAGGAGAACAGCGCUGCCGGCCAGACCGCCCGCCCGUUACAGCAGGAGAGCCGAGCCCGCUUCCAGUACCAGCCCCGGAGUGACGCCGAGGAGGAAGAUGAGCUGGUGGGGAGUAAUCCUCCACAAAGAAACUGGAAAGGAAUUGCAAUUGCUUUACUUGUUAUUCUGGUUAUCUGCUCCCUGAUUGUCACCUCUGUUAUACUCCUGACACCAGUUGAAGAUAACAGCCUAUCUCAAAAGAAAAAGAUAACAGUGGAAGAUCUGUUCAGUCCUGAUUUCAAAAUUCAUGACCCAGAGGCUAAAUGGAUAAGUGAUAAAGAAUUCAUUUAUAGAAACCAGAAUGGCACUGUGAUCCUGCAGAAUGUUGAAACAAACAAUUCAAUGGUAUUAAUAGAAAACAAAAAAAUCGUCUCCUUAAAGGCCAUUCGCUAUGAGGUGUCACCUGAUCGGGAGUAUGCGCUUUACGCAUUUGACGUUGAACCAGUGUAUCAGCAUUCGUAUACGGCAUAUUAUGUCCUCAGCAAAAUACCUUUUGGGGACCCCCAGAGUUUGUAUCCACCCGAAGUUAGUAACGCAAAGCUUCAGUACGCUGGAUGGGGUCCAAAGGGGCAACAACUGAUAUUUAUCUUUGAGAAUAACAUCUAUUACUGUGCUCAUGUGGGGAAACAAGCCAUCCGAGUGGUCUCCACUGGAAAGGAAGGUGUUAUCUUCAAUGGCCUCAACGACUGGCUGUAUGAAGAGGAGAUCUUGAAGACUCAUAUAGCACAUUGGUGGUCUCCUGAUGGAACCAGGUUAGCAUAUGCAACAAUAAAUGACUCCAGAGUCCCUACAAUGGAAAUUCCAGUCUACACUGGCAGCCUUUACCCUACUGUUAAAACAUAUCAUUAUCCAAAGGCUGGAAUGGAAAAUCCAAGCAUUUCUUUACAUGUCAUUGGUUUGAAUGGCCCUACCCAUGAUCUGGAAAUGACUCCCCCUGAUGAUCAAAGAAUGAGGGACUAUUACAUAACCAUGGUGAAAUGGGCAACAAGCACCAAAGUGGCAGUAAAUUGGCUGAACAGAGCACAGAACGUUUCUAUCCUGACGCUGUGUGAUGCUACCACUGGAGUCUGCACAAAGAAACAUGAAGAUGAAAGUGAAGCCUGGCUACACAGACAGAAUGAAGAGCCAAUAUUUUCCAAAGACGGACGGAAGUUUUUCUUCAUCCGAGCCAUUCCUCAGGGGGGGCGAGGAAAGUUCUACCAUAUUGCCAUGUCAUCGUCACAGCCCAAUAGCAGCAGUGAUAACUUACAGUCCAUUACAUCUGGUGAUUGGGAUGUGACAAAGAUUUUGGCAUAUGAUGAAAAGAGACAUAAAAUUUACUUCCUCAGCACAGAAGAUUUACCAAGACGGCGACACUUAUAUAGUGCAAGCACAAAUGGAAACUUCAACAGGCAGUGUCUGUCCUGUGAUUUGAUUGAAAACUGUACUUAUUUCAGUGCGUCAUUCAGUCACAACAUGGAGUACUUCUUACUGACCUGUGAAGGUCCAAGAGUUCCAAUUGUGACUGUUCACAACACGACAGAUAAACAAAAAAUCUUUGAGCUGGAGGUAAAUGAAAAUGUGCAGCUGACUGUAAAUGAUAGGCAAAUGCCUAAAGUGGAGUACAUGGAAAUCAAGAUAGAUGAUUACAAAUUGCCAAUGCAAAUCUUAAAGCCAGCAACCUUUGCGGACACCAUACACUAUCCUUUGCUACUGGUUGUUGACGGAACACCUGGUAGCCAGAGUGUAACAGAAAAGUUUGAAGUGAAUUGGGAAAGCGUGCUGGUCAGCUCCCACAAUGCAAUUGUGAUGAAGUUUGAUGGCCGGGGCAGUGGAUUCCAAGGCACUAAAUUGUUACAUGAAGUUAAAAGAAGAUUGGCCCUUUUGGAAGAAAAGGAUCAGUUGGAAGCUGUCCGGAUAAUGUUGAAAGAACAUUAUAUUGAUAAAAUGCGAGUUGCUGUAUUUGGGAAGGAUUACGGGGGCUAUCUGAGCGCUUUUAUUCUCCCAGCUGGUGAAGAGAAUCAAGUAUUCACGUGCGGAGCUGCUCUUUCUCCAUUGACAGACUUGAAAUUAUACGCUUCUGCCUUUUCUGAAAGGUAUUUGGGACUACAUGGCAUUGAUAACAGAGCAUAUGAGAUCACCAAAUUAGCACACAGAGUCUCAUUACUGAAAGAUCAAAAGUUUUUGAUCAUUCAUGCCACAGCUGAUGAAAAAAUCCAUUUCCAGCAUACUGCAGACCUUAUUACACACCUAAUUAGGGCAAAGGCUAAUUACAGCUUGCAGAUAUACCCCGAUGAAAGCCAUUACUUUAACAGUGCAGCACUCGAGCAACACUUGUACAAGUCCCUCGUCAAUUUCUUUGUGGACUGUUUCAAAGUUCAGGACAAACUCCCGAUAGUCACACUGAAAGAGGAUGAGGAGGAGGAUUAACCCUUUUGGUUCGUGCGAAGCACAAGGCCAUUCUUUAUAACAAUAUGCAACUGAAUCAUUUUCCUGGAGAAAGAAAUGUUAUGUUGUUAGCAUGUAUUCAAACGAAACUGAAAGCAGCUCGCCUGCUUUACGGACAGCAACUCCUUCCUGAAUGGAAGAACAUUAAGCAUGAUAAACUCAGCAGAAACUGCUGUCUGACAUGAAUCCGUCACAGACAUCACCGUCUUAUUUGCCACAAAAUGACUUCUGGAGUAAAAGGCUCUCAAGAAAUUGGACUUGAAGGACCACCCCAAGAAACUACCUUGAGGACUAGUAGGUUAAAUGGCCCUUUUGCAUUCAAGAAAUGAAGCAGUAGCAAUGAAAUACAUCAUCUCUAUUAGGGUUACCAUAGUUAGCAUCCUGUUGUGUCAGAUAAAACUUAAUAAAUGGAAAAGAUUAUAGCACAAUUAUUUUAAAGGUACUGAUUCAUACAUAUUUGCCUGCUCUCCCCCAUGUUUAGAAGAUUCAUCACUGCUAUGGGGCAUACAGAUUCUAAUUAUACAAAGUAUCACUGUAGUUACACUAAUGUUUAAUUAGCCUCAUGUAAUUAAUUACUAUUUGAUAUUGUUUUUACCUGUUCCUCUUUACAUUUGAUCUCAUGCUCACCUUAUCAGCUUCACAACUUGUCAUGGAUGUGGAAGAAAACAUGCAUUGAACUAACUAGACCAGUGUUUUUCAGUUGCUGGGUCAUGACCCUAGAGGCGGUCACAAAAGGCAAUCAGGGAAGGGGGGGUGCAAGAUGUUAAAUUUUUAUUACAAUGUAAAGCAAAGAAAAUCUUGUUCCCUCCCUCCCUGCAUGUGCUUAUCCUUCAAUUAUUCUCUGUUAACCUCUCCAAGCACACACACAAAUAAAUUAUUUUGGGGCAGUUUAAUGGCUUGUGUUAUACAGGAGGUCAGACUUGAUGAUCACGGUGGUCCCUUCUGCUCUUGGGAUCUAUGAAUUUAGGCUAAGCUUUGAUAUAAUUUUUACUCUUCUAAAGUAAAUGUAAGGGGGUUGCAAACAUUUGUUACUUUGAAUAAGUGGUCAGAAAAGAUUGCGAACCACUGAUCUACACUCUGGUAGAGGGAGUUUGCAUCAGAUACUUUGCUGAUCGUCUUCUGAAGCAUUAAAAAAGAAAAUCAGUGUGGAUAGACUUAUUUCAUAGGCUGUCUGCAGCUUAGUUUUGAUUUUGGAUUCCAAGGCAAUGAUUAUCACAUUCCACUUUUAGUUAUGUCUUCUGUUUGCAGGAGGUUGGUAAAAUCAGAGCAUCUAAAAUCAUACAGGUCUUUGCAGGGGUGGAAAACAAUGUUUAAAAACCCAUGUGAAAAUCUUUCAAAUCUCAAAAAUCAUUCUUUCACCUCCAGUUACCAUAGCAUAAAGAUUUUGGCUAGUGUUGCUCCUUGUAAGAUAUUCUGACCAAAUGUACAGCCAGUAUUAAUAUUGUAUAUUUCAUUUUGUUGUAUAUAAAGGAAUGUAAGUCCGUUA